AUGGUAAAGGCAACAAAGGGAUAUUUCCUAAGGACAGAACCUAGUGUAAAGGAAGUGAUAUUGAAGCUUGGGGAGACAGAGAACUUCAUAAUAGAAGAUAUAAAUGAUACAUGUAUUUUUAUCACUCCGGAAGCAGCCUCAGAUAUCAAGGAACGGGUGGAGCUUAUAAUGAACAAUGCAAAAAACCCAGGAAAGUAA